AUGAAUACAUGCAGGAGAUGCAAUGAAUCGUUCAACGAUGGUGUGCAAUGCUCUUCAUGUAAAAAGUUUUAUGACUUCGCUUGUGCCGGAAUCACUGAAGCAGGGUACCGAAAACUUGGGCCAGACAGAAGAGCCGUUUGGAAAUGCACUACUUGUAAGAGCACUGUCAGUGGUAGUGGUGCUUGUGAAGAACCGAUGUCUCUCGACAAAAUCUUCAAAGAGAUCGUGGAUCUAAAGAAACACCUUUCAAGUCUCGAUACGCUGAGGGAUGAUGUAAAAACUAUUAAGAAUGAUCUCCAAGAUCUUCGAGCCUCAUGUGAAUUUAACAGCAGCAAAUUAGAUGAAUGCAACGGCAGAGUCGAUGCUGUUGAGGAAAAAUUACAAGAUGUGGAUCUCCUUAGGAAUGAACUAAAGUCCACUCAAGAGGAUCUUGCUAGAUGUAAGCAAUCCCUCGCUGCUAAGGAGCAAUGGUCUCGACUUAACAAUGUGGAAAUAAAGGGAGUACCCCUGAAAAAAGACGAAAAUCUAUUCGAAAUAGUAGACUCAGUUGGGAAGCACAUCAAGUGUCCAAUUCCCAAGACAUCUAUAAACUAUGUUGCUAGGGUACCACUGCAUAAUAGCAAAGAUAAAUCCAUUGUGGUUAACUUCACCAAUAGAUACAUGAAGGAAGAUUUUGUGGCUGCGGCGCGAUCUAUCAAGCACCUGGCGGCCAGCGAUAUUGGUUUUCGGGACAGUGCGCAGCGCGUCUACGUGAAUGAUCAUCUCACGUCGGACAUGAAAAACUUGCUGACGAAGACUAAGCUCGCUCUCAAAGACAAGCUAGGAUACCGAUAUGUGUGGGUAAAAUACGGUAAAAUACAUGUUCGGCAAAAUGAUACCUCCAAAAUCCACAUAAUUCAAACGGAAAAUGAUUUAAAAAGAUUGUCUUAG